UACUGCGGCACCGUGUCAACUCUGGCCGACCAGCUGGCAGCAUUUAUUCGUAUUUUAUUGUGUUGUUUUGCCAUUUGAUUGUUGAUACUAGUAAAAUUGGCACAAAACAAUGGCCGAGGAAAUCGAUGAUAACGAAUUCUAUCGCGAGAACUUCAGCGCUGACUCCGAUUGGGAAGUCUUCAACGCGCAGCUUGGCGAAUUGCUGCAGAAAUGGGAGGUGGCCGUCGAUGUUGGCGUCCCACUGCAGCCCGAGGAGCUUUUCAGAUGCAAAUGGAAAGUGAAGUCCGAGACGCUGAAUAUGCUGCGCAAUGUCAUCGCCGUCGACUACUACGAGGCACAAUUGCCCCAAGGGCAGCAGCAGGCUGCAGAAGCACCAGUCAGCAAUUGCUUGCAGCGCACAAAUUGCCAUCAUGAUUUAAUGUGCAGUGGGAAUAGUUUUGGUCCGCCCAUAAGGAACUCCAGUGAGCUGCAUACGCUGGCGCGGAUUUACGGACUGCGUCGCUUUAUUGUGCUGCAUCCAGUGAAUGCGGCCAGCAAUUAUAUGAAAUCCACAUCAGAGUUCAAUUUCUUUUUGAGUGCUGCGGCAGUUGUGGCCGCUGAAGUCAGCAGCGUGGUGCCGAUCUUUGUGCAGAUCUACGAUCCCAAAUGGAACUUUUACACUGGCGUCGCCUUGGCGCCCGCUUUGCGCACCAAUUUUCGUCUGAUUGGACUGGAGCAGGCGCCGCCAGAGUGUCGUUACCUGAUGGGUUUACUGACGCUCUUCCAUGACAAGUUGCCGGCUUCGUAUGCCCAAGAUGCGAGGGUAUCGGUGAGAAACACCUAUUCGCUGGAUGCGGUACGAAUUCGUGUGCCAUUGUAUGUGCCCUUUGCUCAUGGACCGAGCUCAGAGGAUAUUGCCAUCGAUGGCGAUGUGGAGCGUUUGGAUGUGCAGCAGUUCUAUGCCCUGCCACAUGGUUAUGCACCCGAAUCUUGUACGGAAAGCUAUUUGGUUUACACGUGGCCCGAACUCUCGGAGACGGUGGCCUUUGACAGCGAGAUGCGCACAGAUUUUGUGCCCUCAAAAGCGCCCCUAGGCAAGAUCUACUUAUCUGUGGAGGCCUCCUCCUAUUUGAGCUGUUGCCUGCGAGACUAUCAAGCGGUCGGCAAAGUCACUCGCACCCUCGACUCCUAUGUGGGUCGCAAUUUCUCGGGCACCAGAAGCGGUGCAGAGCACACAAAUCCCCUGGAUAAGCUAACCGAGCACAAGUUGACAACGCGCCGGCAGCAACAGCAGAACUAUGAGCUGCCUUCGCAAUCGGGUCUCACCAAGCGACUGCCGGGACCCAUGACGGCGAGUGAGCUCGCCGAGCUGCUCGCCUAUCUGUUUCCCGAUAUGCAUCCCGAACUGGCACUGUUUCCCUACGACAAGCAUAGCCUUAAGGAUAAGUUCGAUCCGAUGCGCAUUAAGAGCGCCGUUGCUGAUUCUUUGGUCUGUCGCCUCAGCUCCCUGUUGUCCACUUGCCACGCCCACCUGGGCGGCGUGGAGGGCAUGGCCCAGUUGUGGGCAGUAUUUACACGCCAACUGCGUUUGUUAUGGGACAAUUCCCUAUCGGUGCCCGGGAUUGCACCUGGUUUUCCCGACACACGCACCUGUCUGUUGCACCAGAAACUGCAGAUGCUCAACGUUUGCGUGGAGCGGCGAGUGCAACGCGAAGCGCUCGGCAAACGAAAACAACAACAAAAGCAGAUUGAGCUGAGCGAGGAUGAGGAUGAGGAUGAAGACGAGGAGGAGGACGAAAGCGAAUUCUAUGACUGCGAUGAGGCCACUUCUGCAAGUGUUUCGCCAACUAAAGCAGUGUUGAAUCUUAAGCCCGAGGGUCGCCUAAAGCGUUUGGGCGACGAACGUUUGCUCGACGAGCCCGAUGAAUUUCUGUAUAUACCCGAAACACAGGAGCCGGUGCCCAAGACUGAGGAUCAGCUGCAUGACGAUGCUGAGGUUAUGUUGAAACUGGGACCCGGUUCGGAUCUGAGCACACAAAUGAUGUGCACAUCCCUCAUGUCCGACAUGGAGGCAUUCAAGGCAGCUAAUCCGCGUGGCAAAAUGGAGGACUUCAUACGCUGGUACAGUCCCAAGGACUGGGAGGAGGUGCAGCAUGACGGUGGAGAGCCUAAGCAUCAGUUGAGCGUACGCAUGACUACCGAGGGCAAUACGUGGCAGAAGGUGUGGCAGCGGGCACAGGCGGUGCCCAUUGCCAGGCAGCGACGCCUCUUCGAUGAUACGAAUGAGGCGCUCAAGGUGCUACACUAUCUGGAGACGCGCAACAUGAGUGAGAUUUAUGGGCUGACUAUAAUACCAACGCUACACACGGCCAUACUCAAGUUGAUUGACAUCUACAGCAAUGCGCAUGUGGAGGAUCUCUUUGCCCCACACAUCGAGCAGCUCUUGGGCGAUCUGUGUCGCCUCUCGCGCUCCCACUCCAAUGACCAGCCGAACGUGAGAGUCUUGCUGGAUGAACUGGCCGAACUGGAGCGUCGUUUCUAUCAAUACAAGUGCUUUGAGCGACUCGCUGGUUACCCGAAACGCAGCUCAUUGGAGGAGGUCAAGCGUCAGUUUGAUGAAAUACUCCGGAAUGAGAACAGUUGCACCAUUGUCGAUAAGAAGCGGGGUGCGGCAGGCGAUAUGACGAUGGGUAGCGGUGGCAGUUUAUAUGAUAUACUGAGUCCCAAACUGGAGCAGGAUAUAUCGAAUCGUUUGAUCAGCAAGGAUUACGUUAUACGUCUGGAUGGUGAUACGCAAUCAAGCGAAAAGGGUCUCUAUCUGGGACCCCAAUUCAUGCGAGCCAUUAUCACUGGCGACAAGUUGAGACUUUGUGGUGCUUUCACAGAGAGCACGACUUUUGUUUAGAGACAUAUAAUAAUAUAAUAUAUAUAUAUCUGAAUUAUCUAUUAUAUAAACCGCCAAUUAACCGCUAACCAGCUUUUAAUUUGCCUGCAUAUGAUAUGAAUUUAUAUUUUAUAAUGUUCUUUUGGUGCUUUUGUAAACUUCAAGUUCUAAACAUAAUUGCAAUAAAAUUAUUACCAUAAAGUUGUGUGAAA